ACCGCCGCAGAACGCACACGCUUACCGCCACCGACCUGAACCGAUCGUGUGACACCUUGGUGGUGAGCCAAACCAUCUGCUCUCAAUAUUGGGAACAAUACGAAGAUUGUCAGAAACGCUCUCGCAUCGACGAUUACGCUGUGUUCUCCACACGGCGCGCGACCCCGCGACUCUUCUCCUUUCCGAUUUCACCUGUAUCAGGCAUACCGUAAUUCCGUUGCGCCGAUCAUUGCCUGCGACCAUCGCGGCGGGGGAGAAUCAUGAACAACAUGGCUGGUGUGCCCAACAUGAAUUCCAUGGGUGGCCCCGUCGGGAAUCCGAUGGGCGCGCCCAUGAACAUGAUGAACAACGGCGGGCUCGCGCCUCAGCCGGGGCCGCCGAGCCAGAUGCAGCAUAGCGACUCGAGCCGGACCCUUCUUAACACAUACAUCUAUGAGUAUUUCAUCAGGUCCAACAUGUUCAACGCUGCUCGUGCCGUCUACGAGGCAGACCCCAAUAUCAAAGUCAUGAAGGAAAGUCCAGGGAAGCAGCGCGACGAGAACGGCAACGUGUUGGGAAACGGCCUCGGCGACGGCAUGGACACGGACAGCAAGGACGGUCUGGACCAGAAGCGCCCGGACGACCUCCCGGCCCCCAAUGUACCGACCCCGGUGCCAGACAGCUGUUUCCUCUAUGAAUGGUUCUGCCUCUUCUGGGAUAUGUUCAAUUCCCAGAAAGGCAAGGGUUCCAGCGGCCAGGUCAACCAAUACGUGCAUCACACUCAGCAACAAUCGCACCUUCGGCAGCAGCACCAGCGGGAGAUGCUCCGCCAGAUACGGCCCGACCUGGCCCAGCAGCAGCAAUUCCACCAGCAAAUGAUGCGAGGAAUACCGAAUGGCGCUAUGAAUAUGGGCAUGAAGCCUGGAAAUCAGCUGCAGAGAGCAGCCAUGGCGAACAACCAAAAUCCCCAAACGAUGCAGCUGCUUCACCAGCAGCAAAAGGCGGCCGGCCAGAUGCAGCGAGACCCCUCCGACAUGGAUGCGAACCGGGCCAGACCUGCCUCCCCCGGAUCAGCCGAGAACGCGCCCUCGCCGUCUAAACGACCCCGCCUCGACGGCGGUGCUCCCUUCAACCCCAACCAGGGCGUCAUGAUGCCCAACGGAAGACCGGGCCAGGGCAUGCCCGGCCAGCAGCAGCUCCAGGCCUUUGCCUCUGCACCUCCUCACAUACAAGCCAAGAUUGCCUCGUACUCGACUAACAUGUCGCAGCACCAUGGCAACCAGAUGCCCAACAAACCCAUGCCCAACGCCACUGGUCCGCAGGGUCAGGGCUCGCCCAUGGUGCCCCCAGGUCCCGACGGAAACUCGCUGAUGCAGCUCUACAACCCCGGUGAUAUGGGCCCCGGCAACAUGCGUCCCGGGGCACCCAACGGACAGGGCGCAGCGGGCAGCAGUAACCACGCGCUGCAGGAUUAUCAGAUGCAGCUGAUGCUGUUGGAACAGCAGAAUAAGAAGAGGUUGAUGAUGGCUCGUCAAGAGCAGGAUAUCGGCACCAACAUGCCGAGGACCGACGGACCACCAGGGCCCGGACAGAAUACCCAAUCCUUUCAGGGCACCUCGCCGCCCGGUGGCCGUAACGGUGCCUCUCCAAACCCCGCCGAUCAAAUGAAGCGCGCGAACCAGCAGAUGGCCAAUGCCGCGAAUAUGGGAUCUCCCCUUCCGGACGGCGCGGGGCAGUCGCGCAACUCGCCCGGAGCCAUGAACUUCAUGGGCGGCAACAUGGACCCCAAUGCCGGCCCGCCCUUUGGCAUGAACAUGAACAUGGCGGCCCAGAUGAAUGGCGGCAUGCGGCCUCCCAGCUCGCAUCCGCCGUUUAACGGCCAGAUGAACCAGCAGCAGAUGAUGGCUGCCCAGCGCCAGGCACAGCAGCAGCCCGGUGGUCAAGGAACUCCGAUGCAGUGGCAGCAAGGGGCUCCGAAUGGCCAAGUCCCCGGGCAGCCUCCGCAGCCUCAGCAGGGUCAAGGCAGCCAGGGGGCCCCGACUCCGAAUCAGCGGUCGAUGCCUCCGCCCUCCGCGCCGGCAACGGCGGCAGCCGCGGCCGCGGCCGCCAGUGCCCGCAACCCGACUGCCUCGCCCCAGGUCGCCAACGCCGCCCCGCCGACACCGUCGCAAGCAAACAAGGCGGCUCCCAAGAAGAAAGAGAACAAGAACGCGAAGGCCAAGGCCACCGCCCAGAAGAAGACGACGAACCCGACCGUCAACAACGCAGCUCCCGCGCCGGCUCCCGAGACGACAGAAGCCCCCCAGGAGGGACCAACGCCCGCAACCCCGAUCACGCCUGUCAAUCCGCAAGGGUUCCCCAAGAAUCAGGCCGUAAACUCCGGCCAGGUCGUCCCGAACGGCCAGCCUCCGGCGCAGGCACCCCAGCAGCAGCAGCAGCAGCAGCAACAGCAGCAGCCGCCCGCUCCCGUGCCACCGCCGUCGCAUCCGGAUCCCAAUCAGUCCACCAACUUCCUGGACACUGGCGGAAUGAGCUUCGACCUCGACUUCGCCAAUCCCAUGCAGUCCGACGAUGUUUUGACCGACUUCGACUUCGAGUCAUUCCUGCAAAACAACAACCCAGGGGAGGAGGGAACCUUCGACUUUGGCAAUUCAGGGUUCUCGAUGGAAGGAGACACCUCGAUUGGGGCAACGGAUUAGGAGUUCCCCCAAUUCCCAAGUGAUCUGGGUGGAGAAUGGGGGUGUGCUCCCCGCGGCGAUGGGUACGGCCCAUGAAACCGCUGCCCGCGUCGGCCCGUCCAU